CGUGGAGCAGGCACAGCAGGGCUAGCAGCGGGCACAGCAAGGCAGUGUGAGGAACCCAGCACGGAGCAUCGCAAGCAGGUACACCCCUGACUGGUGUUGGGACUGGUCCUACUACAGAACCAAUUCCUGUUCUCUGCUCUCUAUAUCGAGUUGAGCUGUGUCGACGAUUGGUUGGGUGGGCUGUUGAUUGUAUUGUGCGGAAGUCGGCGGCAGCAGCGACAGUGUUGCUUGGAGUCCUGAUCGUCCGCAUCCUGAUCCCGACACAGCGUAACAGCCAGCCAGCUGAGGAUGAUCUGCACCAUCGGCCCCCAGCCAGCAAGGUGUCUGGCGGAAGCCAUGAUAGACGAUCCAUCGCCGUUGGCGAGCAAAGUGUCAAGGGUCGUGAUCUUCGACUCACGUGCAAUGGUGCUCGCCGCCAAUUUCGAUCCGCCGUCGACUGAGGAAUUACUGGCACUUAUGCUGUCAUUAAGCGAACGGUCCUCGGCGAUCCGCGACGGGCUAUAUGUUGGCGGAAAGCGUUUUGAAGUACACCGUCAUCACUUUCCAUACGUGUACGGACGAUGUACGGAGGAUAGGGAGGGAAUUGCUUUGUGCAGAGCUGAUGACGUGCAGAACGGUGCCCAGAUCUUUGGCUUGACAACCUAUUCUCUUCCUGCGAUCUCUGCGGCCGUCGUUCCCCGACUUAAGAAGCUGUGCGACGCAAUCAGCAAGCUUCCCAUGGAAGACAGGCAGGUCGAGGCCGGGGCCGAUAAGGAUAGGGAUCCCUAUGGGUCAGUGGUAGAGCGGAACGCUGUGCGAGUAGGUGAUGGUGACGGUGGAGAUGAUCAGAGCUCUGAAGAUGGAGGAGAGUCCUUCCAGUCCGCGGAAUCGGAGGGUGAAGGUGGCGACGAGUCGGCGGAGACGGAUCGACAAAGGAAGGAGGAGGAGACCGAACAGAAUGGAGAGCAGGUGGUGGAUGCGGACCAAGAAAAGGAGAAGGAGAUGGCGACAAGUUCUGGACAGGGAGAAGGAGAAGAAAAUGGUAGUGCGUUUGGGGAUGCAUCGUAGUAGGGGGAAAAGCCUUCGCCUUUUUCACCUCCUUUGUCUUUCUUCUGACAAGACCGAAAAGAGAAUGAGGAGCGGGUGGUUGAUGCGGGGAGCAAGUGGCAGCUGCAGACAAGGAAAAGGAGGAGAUUGCAAGGAGUCCUGCGAAGGGAGAAGAAAAAAGAAGGAAGUGGUGGUGCGUUUAGGGAUACGUCGUAGUAGAGGGGAAGAUCCUUCGCCUUUUCCGUCUCCUUCAUCCUUUUUCUGACAAGGGCGAACAGAAUGUGGAGCAGGUGGUUUGAUGUGGGGAGCAGGUGGCGGGUGGAUGCGUCGGACGAGGGAAAGGAGGAGAAGGAGAUUCCAACAAGUCCUGCAAAGGGAGAAGCAGAAGAAAAUGGCAGUGCAUUCAGGGAUGCCUUGUAGUUGAGGGGAAAGCUUCUCUUGUUUUGUCCUGUCUGUCUGACCUGUUUUGUCUUGUCUGUCUGACAAGAUCAACCAGAGAGAAUUGGGAGCGGGUGGUAGACACAGACGACAGAAAGGAGGAGGAGGAGGGGGAGAAGGGAUCAAGUCCUACAAAGGGAGCAGGAGAGGACAAUGACAAUUCAUUUAGGAGAUACGUUGUAGCAGGGGGGACAGCCUUCUCCUGUUUUGUCUCCUUUGUCUUUUUCCUGACAAGGGGAGGGAAUCAUUAGAGUGCAGAAUGGUCGUCCUUGCGUCUUCGAAAAGCCUAACGUGUUUGGUAAGCUAGGUUUGUUUCUUUAUUCUUUGAGGAUCAGAUUAAAGCACAAGAAGUAGCCUAGGCCCCCUUCUGAGCAUUUGUGAAAUUAAUUUUAUACCAAUUUGGGUCCUUUCCUUUUUUUUUUGUUUUUUAAUAAUGAAGACACGGUUCUAUU